AUGAAGAGAAAGCUCGACGCAAACGAUGUUCCCUCCCCGGAGGCCGCAGACAAAAAGGAAAAGAAGGAGGAGGACGACGCCGACUUCGAGAGCCUUAACUUGGAUCCGCGAUUGCGCCAAGCUCUGAUCAAAGAGAAAUUUACCAAGCCCACACUUGUUCAAGCGAAGGCGAUUCCUUUGGCGCUGGAGGGCAAGGAUAUUUUGGCUCGUGCGAAGACCGGAUCUGGCAAGACUGCCGCAUAUGUACUUCCCAUCCUGCAGACUAUUCUUCAGAAGAAAGCUACCGAUCCUUCAUUUAAAGCGACCACAGGCCUCAUCCUCGUCCCUACUCGAGAGCUUGCGGAACAGGUCCAGAAUGUUGUUACCACUUUCGCUGCCUUUUGCGGAAAGGACGUGCGCUCGGUGAAUCUGACACAAAAAGUCUCAGAUGCAGUCCAGCGCACUAUGCUGGCUGAUUACCCCGACCUGGUUGUUUCGACGCCCGCUCGUGUUGUCACCAAUCUCGGCAGCUCCGCUUUGUCCCUGGAGAACUUGACCCAUCUUGUAAUCGAUGAGGCGGACCUGGUUCUGUCGUACGGAUACGAGGAGGACAUCAAUGCUUUGGCAAAGGCUAUUCCACGCGGUGUGCAGACUUUCCUCAUGAGUGCUACACUCACUGACGAGGUGGAUACCCUGAAGGGUUUGUUCUGUCGGAGUCCUGUAACCUUGAAAUUAGAAGACAAGGAUGACCAGGGUGCCGGUGUCAGUCAGUUUGUUGUCAGAUGUGCGGAGGACGAGAAAUUCCUUCUAACCUAUGUCAUCUUCAAGCUUCAACUGAUCAAAGGAAAGGUUAUCAUAUUCGUGGACGAUGUCGACCGUUGUUAUCGUGUGAAGUUGUUCCUCGAACAAUUCGGAAUUAAGAGUUGCGUUCUGAACUCAGAAUUGCCUAUUAACUCCCGUAUACACGUUGUACAGGAGUUCAACAAGGGUGUCUACGAUAUCCUCAUCGCCGCAGACGAGCAAGAGGUAAUAGGAGCCCGGAAGUCGAAGAAAUCGAAAGAAACCGAGGAGGCAGGCUCAAGCGACGAGGAUGAGGGAGAGCCAGAAGAUAAGUCUAAGCGCCGCAAGGUAUCAGGGAAAGAGAAGGAUUACGGAAUUUCCCGCGGCAUUGACUUCCAAAAUGUUGCUUGCGUUCUGAACUUCGACCUUCCCUCCACUUCCAAAUCCUACACACACCGAAUCGGCCGUACCGGAAGAGCUGGCAAGACCGGCAUGGCGCUAUCAUUCGUCAUUCCCAAGGACCAACACGGAAAACACAGGCCCACCUCCACCGCAACCUCGAAGCAUGAUGAGUCCGUCCUCGCCAAGAUCGUCAAGCGGCAAGGCAAGCUCGGCCACGAGGUGAAACCCUACCACUUCGAAAUGAAGCAAGUCGAAGCCUUCCGGUAUCGUAUGACCGACGCUCUCCGUGCCGUAACACGACUCGCCGUGCAGGAAGCCCGAGCCCGAGAAAUCCGUCAAGAGCUGAUCAAGAGCGAGAAGCUCAAGCGCCACUUCGAAGAAAACCCCGAAGAGCUGCGUCAGCUGCGCCACGAUGACGAGCUGCGCUCCGCACGUGUCCAACCUCACCUCAAACACAUCCCAGAGUACCUGAUGCCCGCCAAGGGUAAGAAAGGUCUCUCCAGUGGAGACGUCGGCUUCGUGAGUUUCAGAAAACAAAACGAGAACCGCAUCAGGAAAGCCAGAGAGAAGAAUCGCGGUAAGGGCAAUGGCCGGAAAUUUGCCGGAGUGAAGAAGAAGGUAGAUCCGUUGAAGACGUUUAACCGGGGCCGGAAGUAA